CGCGCUGUGGAAAACAUGCGGCCCGGGGGACCCCCCCGCAACCUCCGCUCGGGGCAGAGACCUGAGGGGGCCCGGGGUUGUCGAGGCCACGUACAGUUUGGCAAGAGCCCCCAGAGCCCGCCGAGCCGCACCCGAUUCCCCUCUCCCAAGCCCUCCGUGUCUGCGGCGGUUCGCGAUUGCUUUCGGCACAGGCGCCGCGACUCUCCCUGGCGCGUCUGGACGGCAGCCCUGCCCCCUGGCCGGGGCCGCCUCAGGAUGAGCCCGCGACCGCGCGCCUCAGAAGUCCGCGGCCCCACCUCCGGCACUCCCGCCGCCUCUCAGGCCGCGAGAAACCGCGCCUCCCCUGGGGCCUCCCCCGACCCCCAGCCCCCAGUGGCCGGAGAGGCGGCGACCGGGGGCGGGUCCUGCCGAGGGAAGGAGGGCACUUCUGGGGAGCUGCUUCCGGGUCAAAGAGUGUGCAAGAUGGCGGCGCCCAUGGAGCUGUUCUGCUGGUCAGGGGGCUGGGGGCUGCCGUCUGUGGACCUGGACAGUCUGGCCGUGCUGACCUAUACCAGAUUUACAGGUGCACCCCUGAAGGUACACAAGAUCAGCAACCCUUGGCAGAGCCCUUCAGGUAUACAGUGGCCCUAUAAGGAAGGGAAUUGUGAGGGGCGGAGCAGGAGUAGGCAAGUUAUGAUCUGUGGACAUACUUCUUUCUCAAUAUCAGGAACUCUGCCUGCCCUUCGAACCAGUAAUGGAGAGGUUAUCUCAGUACCACACAAGAUCAUCACUCAUCUUCGUAAAGAGAAGUAUAACGCUGACUAUGAUUUGUCAGCUCGGCAAGGAGCGGAUACCCUAGCCUUCAUGUCUCUGCUGGAGGAAAAACUCCUCCCUGUGCUGAUACAUACUUUUUGGAUAGAUGCCAAGAACUAUGUGGAAGUGACCCGAAAGUGGUAUGCAGAGGCUAUGCCCUUUCCCCUCAACUUAUUCCUGCCUGGCCGCAUGCAACGCAAGUACAUGGAGCGGCUGCAGCUGCUGUGUGGCGAGCACAGACCAGAGAAUGAGGAAGAACUAGAGAAAGAGCUCUAUCAAGAGGCUCGGGAGUGCCUAACCCUUCUUUCUCAGCGCCUGGGCUCUCAGAAGUUCUUCUUUGGCGAUGCCCCUGCCUCCCUGGAUGCCUUUGUUUUUAGCCAUUUGGUCCUGUUGCUGCAGGCAAAGCUGCCCAGUGGGAAGCUGCAGGCCCACCUUCGAGGGCUACACAAUCUCUGUGUCUACUGUACCCACAUCCUUAGCCUCUACUUUCCCCGGGAUGUAGCUGAGGUACCACCUCCACGCCAGAUGCCAGCAGGCCCUGAGACCGAGGAGGAGCCAUACCGACGCCGGAACCAGAUUCUAUCUGUGCUGGCAGGGCUGGCAGCCAUGGUGGGCUAUGCAUUGCUCAGUGGCAUUGUUUCUAUCCAGCGGGCAUCUCCUGCUCGGGCCCCAAGUGCCCGGGCCUUGGGCAUGGCUGAGGAGGAUGAAGAGGAAUGAUGUGUUCAUGCUCUUAGGACUGAUUUUUCUACUAUCAUGCAUUCCAGAUGCCCCAUUGUUGGAGCACCCAAAUAUAGGGUGCUAUACCUAGAAUAAAGCUGUUCACACUAACUGAAA